CCCAGGCGCCUCCCGCUUUCUUCUCUCUCCCCCCUGCAGCGCGGGGGCGCCCUGAAGAAGGGGCCCUACGCCAAGGCCAUGCUGGGUAUGAAACUGGUGCUGCCCUACCAGUUGAAGUCCCUCGACUGGGAUGCCGAGCACCUGAGCAACCGGCAGCAGUGCUACUGCUACUGCGGGGGCCCCGGCGAGUGGAACCUCAAAAUGCUGCAGUGCUGCCACUGUGGCCAGUGGUUCCACGAGGCCUGCACCCAGUGCCUGAGCAAGCCCCUCCUCUACGGGGACAGGUUCUACGUCUUUGAAUGCUGCGCCUGCACUCAGGGUCCUGAGAGCGUCCGGCGCCUGGCUCUGCGUUGGGUGGACGUGGCCCACCUGAUCCUGUAUCACCUGAGCAUCUGCUGCAAGAAGAAAUACUUCGACUUUGAGCGCGAGAUCUUGCCUUUCGCCAGCGAGAACUGGGACAGCCUCCUGCUGGGGGAGCUCUCCGAGACGCCCAAAGGGGAACGCUACAACCAGCUGCUGAGCGCCCUGACUAGCCACAAGGACAGGUUCAUCUCCGGGAAGGAAAUCAAGAAGCGGAAGGGGCUCUUCGGGCUGCACCUGCGAGUCCCGCCCCCUGCCCCCCACGUCCCCGAGGGCCCCGGGGGGCCUCCCCCCUUCUCCGAGAGCAGCUUGCUUUCAGGGCAGGGCAGGCGUGGGUUGGGGCCGCAGCCCAGGAGGGAGAGGCGCCAUCGCCCGAAGGCCCCCGGGGCAGCCUUGAGCACCACGGAGCAGCACAGCGCCAGGGAGAGGGAGCGGCUGACGAGGGCCCUCACUCAGGAGCUGGUGCAGAGCCCGGUCAGUCCUAACCAGAGCUACGGCGGCUACGGCGGCACGUGCAGCGCCUACAACUUCCGCCGCACCGAUGCCCGCUGUCAGGACAGCGCUCCGAUCCGGAUGUUCGCCUCCUUCCACCCCUCGGCCAACACCGCAGGGGCCUUGAGCAGAAACGGUGAGGCCCCCCUUGAACCUUGCGUGGCAGCCGCCCCCACCGCCGCAGAGCAGCAGAGUCCGGAGCGCCCUGCCCCCGCCUUCCUGCCCUGCCCGACGCCUCCCCUCAAGCGCCAAGCCCCGCCCCCCGCCCCCGCUGUGCCCCCCGCCCUCUGCGCCCCGGCCAGCAGCAGCUACUUUGGGGCGAUGGGCCGGCUGGCGCGGGGGGAGGCCGUCCGCAUCCUGGCCCGACGCAUCGCCACGGACGGCAGCGUCCAGUACCUGGUGGAGUGGGACGGGCGAGGCAUGUUCUAGGUCCCCUCCCCCACUUUCCACAGAAGGGAGGGUAGCCGGGAAAGGGACCCUGGCCGGAGGACCC